ACUGUCGCUGGAGAGCAGAGGAGAGGAGAGGAGAGAGGGAUAAAAAAAAAAAAAAAAGAAAAAGGGAAAAGCAGUGAAAUGGUGUAAAACCAGAGCGAGUCCAGCCCGAGUGAGGGGACGAACGAGGAGGGACGACGCAGGAGGAUUAUUCUUCUUUGUCUCCGUGUUGUUAAAGUCCGUAAACUCCCGCUUUUUGAUGCUGUCCUCACGGAGGUCUGAGCCAAUAACGGACUUAUUGGUCGGCUGAACCAUGCAGAGGCUGCUGCUCCUGAGUUUGCUGCUGAGUUUCCAAACUGUGUGGACAGCGAGAUUCUCUCAGGAGCCGGCAGACCAGUCGGUGGUGCGGGGCCAGAGGGUGAUCCUGUCCUGUGUUGUCUUCAACUACUCUGGCAUUGUUCAGUGGACCAAAGAUGGCCUGGCUCUGGGCAUCGGAGAGGACCUCCGGGCCUGGCCCAGGUAUCGUGUGCUGCGGGUCCAGGAGCUGGGCCAGUACAACCUGGAGAUCCUGUCAGCUGAUCUGUCUGAUGACUCGCUGUACGAAUGCCAGGCCCCUGAUGCCGCUCUGAGGUCCAGGAGGGCCAAACUCACCGUCCUCAUCCCCCCAGACGACCCGGUGAUCGAUGGGGGUCCCGAGGUGUUGCUGAAUGCGGGGGAGUCCUACAACCUGAGUUGUGUGUCUCGAGGGGCCAAACCGCCUUCUAUGAUCGAGUGGCUUAAAGACGGUCUGCCUGUGGAGGGGGCUGCCAGCAACACUGAGGUGCUUCCAGACAGGAAGAGGGUGACCACACGUAGCUACCUGCCUAUCCAGCCCGUUGACACCGACACUGGGAGGAACUACAGCUGCGUGGCCUCCAACCUGGCUGUUCCCACCGGCAAAAGCACAACCGUCACCCUCAACGUGCACCAUCCACCGACAGUGACCUUGUCCAUUGAGCCUCGCUCUGUCCUAGAAGGGGACAGAGUCACCUUCACCUGCCAGGCUCACGCCAACCCUCCUAUUAUGGGCUACAGGUGGGCUAAAGGCGGCGUGGUGCUGCAGGGUGCCAGGGAGAGUGUGUUCACCACCAAGGCCGACCACUCCUUCUUCACCGAGCCUGUCUCCUGUCUGGUUUUCAACGCUGUGGGAAAGACCAACGUCAGCAUCUUGGUGGACGUUCACUUCGGCCCGAUCCUGUUGGUGGAGCCGCAGCCAAAAACAGUCGAUGUCGACUCUGAUGUCACCCUCAACUGCAAAUGGGCUGGAAACCCUCCGCUCACACUCACCUGGUUCAAAAAGGGUUCAAACAUGGUUCUGAGUAACAGCAACCAGCUGUAUCUGAAGUCGGUGAGCCAGGCGGAUGCUGGCCAGUAUGUAUGCAAGGCCAUCGUCCCACGGAUUGGAGUAGGAGAGACUGAGGUCACCCUCACAGUCAACGGUCCACCUAUCAUCUCCAGUGAUCCGGUCCAGUAUGCUGUGAGAGGGGAGAGAGGAGAGGUGAAAUGCUACAUCGCCAGCACACCUCCUCCAGAUAAGAUAGUGUGGGCCUGGAAGGAGAACGUGUGGGAGAAAGAGAAAGGGACGCUGCUGGAGAGGUACACGGUGGAGCAGAGCAAACCGUCAGCAGAGGGCGGCGGCGUCCUCUCCACCCUCACCAUCAACAACGUGAUGGAGUCGGACUUUCUGUCCAGCUACAACUGCACGGCCUGGAACUCGUUCGGACCGGGCACCAUGAUCAUCACACUGGAGGAGACUGAGGAGGUUCCAGUGGGGAUAAUAGCUGGUGGGACGGUGGGCUCCACAAUCCUCUUGUUCAUCUUUCUGCUGGUCCUUGUUCUUAUCUUCUACCGGCAACGCAAAGGCAGUCGGCGCGGGGUCACGCUGGGUAAGCCCGACAUUAAGGUGGAGACGAUAAACAAGGAGACCCACAGCUUGGAGGAGGACUCCGGCAGCGUGUCCACAGCUUCGCGCAUGGUCAAGGCCAUGUACUCGUUUCUCCCCUCUGUGUCCUUCUCUCCCUCCAAUCAGCCCUUUAAAGAUGACAUAGAGCUCAAGUCCGACCUCCGCAGUGACACUCUGGACACCCGCCAGGAGUACGACCUAAAGGACCCCACCAAUGGCUACUACAAUGUGCGAGCCUCCACCCACGACGAAGUCCGCCCUGCGUCCCGCUCCACCAUGCACUACUCUGACUACCGCUCCCCUGCAGGAACACCCGGGGGAGCAGCGUCCAUCAGCAGCAGCACUGGAGGCUCGGGAGCAACAGCCAGCGGAGGAGCCCCUGGUCCUCCUGGCCCCCUUACCUCCCCCGGUCGCCCGCAAGCCUGCUACGACCCCCGACCGCCCUCCAGACUGUCCCAUAUCAGCUACGCCCAGUUCAACACCUUCACCCGUGGGGGCCAGACCCAGCAGCCCCCAGCUAACCCUGCCCCGCCACCCAGUGACUUCCCUGGAGACUGUAGCCUCCUGGACUCCACUUCUCAGCUGGCCUAUGACAACUAUGGAUACCCCUCACACUACCAGACCUACCGCAUGGGUUUUGCUCCGUCCAGCCUGGCCCCUCUGGAGGCCGGCCCAUCCUAUGAAAUGUACGGGGUGGGAUCUGGUGUGGGGAGCCCUGGGGUCGGGGUUGGCCCGGGGGGCCCAGCUCCCUCAGGGUCAGAGACUGGACUAGGGAAGUAUGGCAGCUCCACUCGCUUCUCCUACACCUCGCAACACUCUGACUACUCCCACAGCCGACACACACAAAGGAUGCAGACUCACGUGUGAGACGGAGACGAAUAACCACCUCACAGUCUUAGCUGAGCAUGAGGAAGCAUCUUAUAAAUAGCGCCACACCUAAAACGCACACACAAUCACAGAUUUACAUGCACACAUUUUUUACACGCUAUCACGAAUACGCUAACACAAACACGACUACAGAACACAAAAAAACAUCACACACACACACACACACACACACACCCAUGCACAAAGUCAGAAAACCAUGCCCGUGAGACAGAGAGGGUAUGAGAAACGCAGAGGCAAAGGGAGCAAAAAAAAAAAGAGAGUAGAAAAGAAGGAGUUUUAGUGAGACAGGGAAGGGAAAUUCCAAACAGUUUUGAAUUCCCUCACUCCCGAUGUGUUUGUAUAUCUGAGCUCUGAAAGAGCAGACAGCGCAAGUCACAAUCAAGACUGGGAAAGAGAGCAAGAACCUGAAAGAGGACGAGAGAUCACAGAUCUUUGGAGCCCAUAGCCUUUGCUAUGAACUGACAUUGUAAAAUGAUGAGAGAACGUCUUAAAGCAAACUGACUGUCAAAUAUGGUACACGCUGAUCAGAAGAAACCUCAACCAGUGGAAGUCAUUUCUGGCCGCCAUUUUUCAAUAAUGUUUUUUAUUUUUCUUUUGCUGGUUGUCUUAUUCCGUGAUCAUAGAGCACAUAUAUAUAUAUAGUAUCCCAAAAUGCCCUUCUGUACAGUGGUACCUGCCAUCAGGCCUGUUGGGCAGGGUGGGGGGGAGCGUAUUGGGGCCGGGGAGGGGUUGGGAGGGUUUGUCAUCAUUUUGCACUGCAUCUACAGUAUUCAUGCUUAGACGUCCCUUAUCUAUAUCUGUGUUAUGUCUUCUUUUUAUUUGCACACCAGACUAGAGCUUUGUAUUCUAUUUUUUAACAUUACAGAAUUAUUUUUGUCAAUGUAAAACAUGUAAUGUGUAUGUAUGGACCAAAAGUUUGAACGUGAGCGCACAUAAACUUGGGCAUUCGCCUGAGCGAGAUCCACUGA